AUAAGUUUCGAUUUUCAUAAAUUGAGUUUUGGUCUAUUUCACUCUUUACAUUUCUUUUUUUCAUGAAGCAAUGGGCCAAUUCAUCGUACUCCGAGUCUCCCACCUUGAAGUUGCUCAUCCGGCCUGCCUGGGUAGAGUAUGGCUGCGCGCGUGGGCCUCUCGCACGCGCUCCUCGCGUCCUCCUCCCUCGCCCGAAACCCUCCACCUCGUGCUCGCCUCCUCCCUUAUCCCACUCUCCUCCCCCUCCCCACCUACCGCCGAUCCGUCUCCGCCUCCGCCUCAGCCCUCCCCAGCCUCCGCCGCCGCCGCCCCUUUGCCGCCCGCGCUAUGUCACAGCCACCGGAGGCCGCCGGGAGCCCCUACGCCGCCGAGCUCGCCGCCGCAAAGAAGGCCGUCGCCCUCGCCGCCCGCCUCUGCCAGACGGUGCAACAGGAACUUGUGCAAUCGGAUGUUCAGUCCAAGGCGGAUAAGACUCCUGUCACAGUAGCUGAUUAUGGAUCUCAAAUAUUGGUAAGUCUCGUGUUGAAUAUGGAAGUAACCUCUGGUUCCUUUUCUAUGGUGGCGGAGGAGGACUCUGAAGACCUGAGGAAAGAGGGUGCGGAAGAAAUUUUGGAACACAUUACCGAUCUUGUAAAUGAAACUCUUGCAGAGGACGGUUCCUUCAACAUUUCAUUAUCUCAGGAAGGUAUCCUCUCUGCAAUUGAUAGCGGGAAGUCUGAGGGAGGUCCAUCUGGGCGACAUUGGGUUCUAGAUCCAAUCGACGGGACUAAAGGUUUCGUAAGAGGAGGCCAAUAUGCAAUUGCACUGGCCUUGCUUGAUGAGGGCAAAGUCGUUCUAGGUGUAUUGGGAUGUCCAAAUCUUCCUUUGACAUCAAUAUGCAACCUCAAUGGUAACUCAUCAGGUGAUCAAACUGGAGUCCUCUUUUCAGCUACAAUUGGUUGUGGCGCUGAAGUACAGUCCUUAGAUGGCUCUCCACCACAAAAGAUUAGUGUUUGCUCCAUCGACAAUCCAGUCAAUGCCUCGUUCUUUGAAUCCUAUGAAGGGGCACACAACAUGCGUGACGUAACUGGGUCCAUUGCAGAGAAACUUGGUGUCCAAGCUCCUCCAGUCAGAAUCGACAGCCAAGCAAAAUAUGGCGCUCUAGCUCGUGGAGAUGGUGCCAUUUACUUGCGUUUUCCACACAAGGGUUACAAGGAGAAGAUAUGGGAUCAUGCAGCUGGCUCAAUUGUUGUCACAGAAGCUGGAGGUAUAGUAACAGACGCCUCAGGAAAAGAUCUGGAUUUCUCGAAAGGGCGAUGUCUUGAUGAUCUUGACACAGGCAUCGUCGCCACAAAUAAGCAACUGAUGCCAUCACUCCUGAAGGCUGUCCAAGAGGCCAUCAAGGAGAAAAACCAGGCCCCUUCACCCUUGUAGAAGUUGAAUUGGUCCAAAAUGAUUGAUGCAAUGCUAUUACCGUUUAUACUGUUGGUGUGUACACCAGCUUUUGUUGUAACAGAUAUAAUUCCUUGUCUUAGCACAUUUUUACAUCUGAUUGGACGGUAGGGCAGCCAUGUCUUCUUUUCUAAAGAAAAUCUGAAUAAAGAGAAAUUUGUCCUCUGGUUUAGAGUGUACAGUUCUGAACAUCUCACCACGGUUUGGUUCAAUAUAAAUGUCAGCAAAAA